CAAGCAGGUUAUUGCUUCGUGGAGUUUACCGACAAAGAGGCAGCACGUCGGGCGAUGUUGCACAUUAACGGUAAAAUUAUACCGAAAUCAAAACCAACGGCUGCAUUCAACUUGUCCUUUGCGAACUCGCCAAAUGCACCUUACACUGAAUAUAAUCUGUUCGUGAACAACGUACCAGAGGAUAUGGACGAUGCAGCAUUGUUUUUAAUAUUCGGUGAACGCUAUCAUUCAUGUCGUGGCGCAAAAGUUUAUCGCAAUUCGGAUGGCACCUCAAAAGGACUUGGUUUCGUACGGUUCUCUGAUCAGACUGAUCAACAACGAGCACUUUUGGAAAUGAAUAAGUAUCGAGUGGAUGGGCGACCAUUAUUGUUGAAGUUGGCACAACCGAAGUACCGUGCCCCGAAGCAGUCAAAACAACCACACAUACAACAGCAACAACAGCCAUAUCCAAUGCAUCUACCACAACAGAUGAUGCCACAACAUCCACAAAUAACUAACUUAUAUGAUCCGUCUUCAUCAAACUAUUAUAUGCAUCAUCAGAUGGCUCCAACAAAUUAUUACGAUCCAAUGUCAGGUGCAGGUGCAUAUCAUCCUCAACCGCAAAUGCCGUCUUACAUGAACCAACCCUAUCCAUCCAAUCAGAGUCUACAGCAACAUCAACAGCAGCCACAACAGCAACUACAACAAUAUCCACCAUAUAGUCCUAGUGUAGAUCCUGGUGCACCACAGACGGUUAAUUUGCUUUUAAUAAAAUUUGUUUGA